AUGGGUGAAAAUGAAGCUUGGAGUAGUGGCGAGUCCGAACCAGAGGUACGAGACUCAGAGACUGAAGAAAUUGGUGAUAUUGAUUUGGGAGACGAUUAUGGCGGAAAUCAAAUUUUUGAGGACGCAUAUUUUUACCCAUCUAUCAAAGAUUUCGAAGGCAGCUCCGAAAUGAAUCCGAAUAUCUCUACAUCGGGGAAUAGGCCAAUUGAUUAUUUCAAUUAUUUUUGUGAUUCUUCUCUGCUUGAAAGGAUUAUAGAGAAGACGAAUCGUUAUCAAACUCAAAAUCAUCAAGUUCAAACUUCCCAUAUAAAAGCUUGGUGUCCUCUCACAACAAAUGACUUUGAAAAUUUUCUCGGUCUUUCGAUUCUAAUGGGCCAUGUUCGGAAAGGCAAGUUGAGAAAUUAUUGGUCUACAGAUCAUUUGUUGCACACUCCAAUUUUUGGUCAAAUAAUGUCUCGUGAUAAAUAUAUUCAAAUUCUGCGUUAUUUACAUUUUCAUGAUAACGAAGAUGACUCAAAAAUCGUAGAUCAUCCUUUAGUGAAAAUAAAGCCAGUAAUAGAUCACCUACAAAGUAUAGUUUUACAAUUCUCGGCAGCUCUUAUUCCAGGCAAAAAUCUGUGCAUAGAUGAAAGUCUGUUAUUAUGGAAAGGUAGGCUUCGAUUCAAGCAAUAUAUUUCCUUGAAGAGAAAUCGUUUUGGCAUCAAGCUUUUUGAGUUAGUAGACUGCGAGAGAUUCAUAUUGGGCUUUAUUGUUUACACUGGUGCAGAUAUUGAUUAUCAAAAGUUUGGUUUGGGUGUUACUGGCGAUAUUGUCGCUCACUUCUUACAACCUUAUUUUUAUAAGGGUCAUGUUGUGUAUGUAGACAAUUGGUAUACAUCUCCUAUUUUGGCAGAAUUUUUGCAUGAUCGUGACACAGGAAUGUGUGGCACGGUAAAAGCAAAUAGAAAGGGAAUGCCAAAGCUAGAAAACAAAUUAGUGCGAGGGAAAGUACAAGUCGCUCAUAAUGAUGUGUGGAUGGCAAUGAAGUGGCAAGAUAAACGUAGUGUUCACAUGCUUACAAAUGUGCACGAACUUGAAUUCUGUGCAACUGGAAAAAGGGAUCAUCGAACAAAUGAAGACAUUAUGAAGCCAACGUGUAUCCACAAAUACAAUCAAAAUAUGGGCGGUGUAGAUAAUGUAGAUAGACAAUUAUCUAUAACAGAAACAGUAAAAAAAUCAAUAAAGUGGUAUCGCAAGCUAUUUUUUGACUUUAUUGAUCUAUGUCUGUCUAAUGCUCAUGCUUUAUAUAAAUUGAGAAAUGAAGGACAUACACUAUUUCCUUCAUUUCGAUUAGAGGUUGUUAGAUCAUUAUUGAAACUUGAUUCUACUGAAAGCAUCUUUCGCAACGAUAGUCUUCCUACUCGAUUAGUUGGUCGUCAUUUCCCGAGGCAUGGUACAAGUCGAAGGUGUCACUUGUGCUCUUUGCGUAAGAUUACACGUCGAACGAUGUACAUAUGCCCCAGUUGUGAGACUCCUCUAUGCGCAGCACCAUGCUUUGAAGAGUACCACACACAAGCGACAUUACCAUGA